AUGACGACUCCGACACCUGUUUGGAAACCGGAUGCUUCGUAUGAGCGAAGGGAUAUGCCGCCUACAGAUGGUGGCGAGCCGUCCAGCGGCCCCACAGCAGGCCAAGUAGACGCCUACCUCGCCCCCAAACUCCUCCACCCUUCCUACGGCGCCGACCCCGCCCUGCCCGCCAUCCAAUCCCGUGCCCUCGAAGCAGGCAUCCCCGCCAUCUCCGUCUCCCCCCUCCAAGGCCAAUUCCUCAGUAUCCUCGCCCUCUCCAUCGGCGCCGAGCGGAUCCUCGAGGUCGGUACGCUUGCGGGGUACAGUACGGCUUUUCUGAGUUUAGCGUUACCUGGGCAUGGGCAGAUUGAUACGCUUGAGCUGGACCCGCAUCAUGCGGCUGUGGCGCAGGAGAACUUUUUGAAUGCGGAUUUAUUUCCUUUCCCAAAGAUCCAUGUUGGGCCGGCGCUGGAGACGCUGAAAAGGUUGAAAAAGCCCGCAGAGGGGGCGUAUGAUUUGGUGUUUAUUGAUGCGGAUAAAGAGGGGACGCUGGGGUAUGUUAAGGAGGGGCUGAGGUUGUUGAGGAAGGGGGGAGUGGUGGUGGUUGAUAAUGCUGUGAGGAGUGGCAAGAUCGCUCUUAGCAGGGAGGAAGAGCCGUCUCCCAAUGUCGACGGUAUGCGCAGGCUCUUUGACUGGAUUGAGGAGGAUGGAGGGAGGACAGUGUUGGCGAAUGUGACCCAGACCGUUGGGGCAAAGUCCUGGGAGUGA